UCUCAACAACGGUCGAUAAACUAAACAUUAGUACAGAUUUAAUGCUCAAUGCAAAUCACAAAUUGGUUCGCUAUCAAAUACCAGAAGAAGAGAAUUUACGAGUCCAAAAUCAAUUAGCUGAUAAAGCAACUGGGACGGUUGGAGUGGGUGAAGUAUAA